UAGUUUCUUCCAUCGAUUUCAGAUUUUUUGAUCCAUCUCAGGUUCUUCCAAAUUUCUCAUAGAUUUUUGUUUUUGAUGUGAAAGGAUCUCCCUUUAUCUAAUCUUGUUAGAAUCCAAGACAUUCUCAUUCCACUGAACUUGUGUCUUCUUGAAUUGGUAUUUAAGUUUCAGCAAAAUGGCUACUGGUGAAGCACCGUGUAACAAUAAGAGGAGUUAUCAGGUCGUCAUUGCAGCAACUAAAGACAUGGGUCUUGGUAUGAAUAUGAAACUUCCUUGGGAUUUACCAAGAGAAUAUCAGUUUUUCCAGGAUGUAACAACUAAAACAUCCGAUCCCAAGAAGAGGAAUGCGACUAUAAUGGGAAGAAAAUCAUGGGAAGCUACUCCUCUUGAUAUUCGUCCCCUUCCUGGUCGGCUCAACGUUGUUCUCACAAAAUCUAGCUGUCUCAGCAUUGCUACUAAUGAGAAUGUAUUGGUGUGUAAUAGCAUGGAAUCGGCUCUUGAACUUUUAGCCACUGAGCCCUAUUCCUCGUCUAUCGAGAAGGUCUUUUUCAUAGGUGGCGGCGAGUUGUUAAGGCACUAUAUGAAUGCACCAAACUGUGAUGCAAUCCACCUAACUGAAAUCGAUAUAAGCGUGCCAUGCGAUGCAUUUGCACCGAGGGUGGAUACUUGUCUAUACCGUCCAUGGUACUCAUCAUUUCCAGUUGUGGAAAAUGGGAUUCGGUAUAGCUUCAACACUUAUGUCCGAAGUAAAAACCCCAUUGCUGUGUCGGAUUUCAUUUGUUGCGAAACAGAGGAUUACUCGUUCUUGCCUAAGAUGGUUUUCGAGAGGCAUGAGGAGUUUGGUUACUUGAAUCUUGUUCAAAACAUUAUAUCUAAUGGGGACAUGAAUGACAAUAACACUCUUUCUAAAUUUGGCUGUCAGAUGCGUUUCAAUCUGCGCAAGACUUUCCCGCUUCUCACAACCAAGAAAGUUUUCUGGCUAGGCGUUGUAGAGGAAACCCUACAACUCAUCAGUGGAUCAACCAAUCCCAAGGAAGAGGGUACUAAUCAUAUAUGGAACAGCAACGAGGCUAACGAAUAUCUAGACAGUCUCAGAGUGAAUGCCACAGAAGAAGAUGGAGACCACCCGCUCUUGUUUGGACUCCACUGGAGAGACACUGAUGCUAGGAAAGAAUUCAGUAAGCUCUCUGAUUUUAUAAACAAGAUAAAGAACAAUCCUCAUAAUCGAGGGAUCAUGCUUCCUUGUCAGACGUUCGCACAGUUCUAUGUGGCCAAUGGUGAACUUUCCUGUCAAAUCUACCAGAGCUCAACUGAAGCAAGUCUCGUGAUUCCUUUCUGUAUCGCUGCAUACUCUCUCUUGACAUGCAUCAUCGCUCAUGUUUGCGAUCUUGUUGCUGGUGAUUUCAUCCAUGUGAUUGGAGAUGCUCAUGUUAAUACAGCUCACAUCAAGGCUAUACAAAAACAGCUUCAAAUUUCCCCAAAACCUUUCCCGGUCAGUACUAUAACUUUGCUCAUACAUUCCCUAUUUAAUUUGGUCUCUGCCUCCUCAUUUCAGGAAACAAUUAAUUUGACUUCUUCUAUCUCUCUCUCUCUACCAUCUUAACGGUUAAAAAACAGAUUUUGAAAAUGAAUCCCGAGAAAACGAAUAUCGAUCACUUUCAAGCCUCUGAUUUGGAACUUCUGGAGAUAUGACCUGCUU